AUGCCAAAUGACGCAAAGCCUUAUUUUAUAAAACGGCAGCUCAAGUAUCCCAGACAGCCACAAGAAAGGACAGCGCCGGCGCCACCGACGCAUUUGGGCUACCCAGUAGCGCCAAUGCUACCGAACGCGUUUUCACCCAACCAGGUUCCGCCAUCUCACUUGGACGCCUUCUACAACCCAGGGUCGACAAAGCACCCCCUGCCCUCAGCACCCCCGCCCUAUUCGGAGGUUGAGAAACAGCCCAUGUGA